AUGUUAAUACCAACUAGUGCGAUCGUUUUAUGGUACUGUUGCUACGGACUGCUGCUCCCCAGACAGAUGUUGCGCCACCAGGGUCUCCUCAAGUGCCGCUGCCGCAUGCUGUUCAAUGACCUGAAGGUCUUCCUCCUGCGGAGACCCCCUGCGCCCCCUCCGCCCUCGCCGCCGCCGCUCCCUCCCAUGAACGGUGGAGACCAAGCCUUGGGCUUGCAGGCUUCGAAUAACAACACGCUGACUGCGCUGUAUGGAGGGCCACGGGGGCCUUGGAGAGCGCCGACUGCCGGGGGUGGGGGCGGAGGCGGCGGAGUGGGGGCCACGAGCCCUCCGGAGGAAGAGUGGGGCAGCCCUGGGGGAGAGGCGGAGCAGCCCAUGUCUGCGACGAGCAGCGCCUCCUCCGACGACUUCUGCAAGGGAAAGGCGGAGGAUCGCUAUUCGCUGGGAAGCAGUUUGGACAGUGGGAUGCGGACCCCUCUCUGCAGGAUCUGCUUUCAGGGCCCGGAGCAGGGUGAGUUGCUGAGUCCAUGUCGGUGUGAUGGGUCAGUGAAAUGUACACACCAACCUUGCCUGAUCAAAUGGAUCAGUGAGAGGGGAUGCUGGAGCUGUGAGCUGUGUUAUUACAAGUACCAUGUCAUUGCCAUAAGCACAAAGAACCCCCUGCAGUGGCAGGCCAUUUCUCUGACCGUCAUAGAAAAGGUUCAGAUAGCGGCAGCCAUUCUGGGUUCCCUCUUCCUCAUCGCCAGUAUCUCGUGGCUCAUCUGGUCAACCUUCAGUCCUUCUGCCAAGUGGCAGCGCCAAGACCUGCUCUUCCAGAUCUGCUAUGGAAUGUAUGGCUUCAUGGACAUAGUCUGUAUAGGUCUAAUAAUCCAUGAAGGGCCCUCAGUGUACCGGAUUUUUAAACGGUGGCAAGCAGUCAAUCAACAGUGGAAAGUGCUGAACUACGACAAAGCAAAGGACCUGGAGGACCAAAAAACAGGGACCAGGACCAACCAGCGAACCUCCUCUCAGACCAACCAUUCAUCCUCCUCUGGCGGUGCCACUAGCAACUCUGCCCCAACCGACAGCAUGGCCCGGGGAGCUAGUCACACCACAGGCACCUUGUCCGACCACCACUGUGCUUACACCAUCUUGCAUAUACUCAGCCAUCUGAGGCCUCACGAACAGAGAAGCGGCUCAAGCACAAACAGGGAGCUUGUCAUGAGAGUCACCACGGUCUGA